ACCUGUCUCAACUACAGUUCCCGGAAGGGACCAGUCCCGGGCGUUCUCGCGUCUCUCUUUCGCUCCCCGCCCGCUGCGGGCGUCUCCGGCCGGUGAUUUGCCCGGGCGCCUCCGUGCGCUCGGCCAACGGCCUCUGAGACUGCCCACCCAAGCACCCGGGAGCCGGCGGGCGGCGGCCCUCGCCGGGGACCCUCCAGCGGGCCCAGGGGGACAAAAGUGGCUCUAAAUCCAGCACGUGUGUACUGAGGCAAGUUAAUGGAUUUAAUAUGAAGCACAGAAGCAGAUAAUGCCAAAGAGCAAGCAGUAAUUGGUACACAUUUCUGGAAAAGCAGUGUCCGUGUUGUUAUGUACACCUUCAAAAAAGUUCAGAUCUGUAGGGGAAUUGUUGUGUAAAGUAAACAACUCCAGGGUAGCAGUACUUUAAUAGAUUUUAUAGCCGUGUAUUUACUGUAUUAAAAAUGAGUAAAAGAACAAGCAAUGACACAUCACUAGGAAGAGUGAGUGGGGCCGCCUUUCCUUCUCCCACUGCUGCUGAGAUGGCGGAAAUUAGUCGAAUUCAGUAUGAAAUGGAAUACACCGAAGGUAUUAGUCAGCGAAUGAGGGUCCCGGAAAAAUUAAAGGUAGCACCACCAAACGCUGACCUGGAGCAAGGAUUUCAAGAAGGAGUUUCAAACGCUAGUGUGAUCAUGCAAGUUCCAGAGAGAAUUGUGGUAGCAGGAAAUAAUGAAGACAUUCCAUUUUCAAGACCAGCAGAUCUUGACCUUGUACAGUCAACUCCCUUUAAGCCUCUGGCUCUAAAAACACCACCUCGUGUGCUUACACUGAGUGAAAGGCCGCUAGAUUUUCUGGAUUUAGAAAGACCUGCUCCAACCCCUCAAAAUGAAGAAAUCCGUGCAGUUGGCAGGCUAAAAAGAGAACGCUCUAUGAGUGAAAAUGCUGUUCGCCAAAAUGGACAGCUGGUCAAAACUGACUCCAUGUGGCACAGAUCAGAUUCUGCCCCAAGAAAUAAAAUUUCAAGGUUCCAGGCACCGAUUUCUGCACCGGAGUACACUGUGACACCAUCGCCACCGCAGGUCCGGGUUUGCCCUCCCCGUAUGUUACCUGAAGACGGAGCUAAUCUUUCCUCUGCUCGUGGCAUUUUGUCGCUUAUCCAGUCUUCCACUCGUAGGGCUUACCAGCAGAUCUUGGAUGUGCUGGAUGAAAAUCGCAGUGUGAGAAGACAAAAUGAAAUACGUUGUGAAAGACCUGUGUUGCGUGGUGGGUCUGCUGCCGCCACUUCUAAUCCUCAUCAUGACAACGUCAGGUAUGGCAUUUCAAAUAUAGAUGCAAUGAUUGAAGGAACUUCAGAAGACAUGACAGUGGUAGAUGCAGCUUCAUUAAGACGACAGAUAAUCAAACUAAAUAGACGUCUACAACUUCUGGAAGAGGAGAACAAAGAACGGGCUAAAAGAGAGAUGGUCAUGUAUUCAAUUACUGUAGCAUUCUGGCUGCUUAAUAGCUGGCUCUGGUUUCGCCGCUAGAGGUAACCUCAGCUCUCAGAAAUAUUGUUUCAACAGCUGGAAAUAUAAAGAAUUUGCAAACUUCUUUGUUUUCUGUCUUUGCAUUGUAUGCCGUUUCACAGUCCACGCCCUGAAAAUGUAUUUCUCCCAGAAAGGAGGGGGAAGGACUUACAUUUGCAGAAGUAAAGGUAUAUUCUGUCACUUGACUGUAUUUACUUUUAACCAGUUCUGCCAUAACACAUACUUAAAAUUCACACUUUGCAUGUUUUGUAAAUAGGAUCUAGUUGGGUUUUUUUUUUUUUUAAGGAAUUUUUUUUUGCCUCUUCAGUCUGCACCACUAAUUCUAUGAGUGUGAGAAAGUGUAUAGAAAAUGGGUUUAGCGAAAUGUCUGUAAAGAAAAAAUAGUACUUCAUUUUGUCCUAUUUGUAGUGUUUUCUCAAACCCCGUUAGAUUAAACAAUUUAGUUAAUAGACAUUUUUGCAUCCACAUGUCAACAUUAACACUACUGAAGUCCUGGUCUGGUGUCAGAUUUAAUAAAAUCAAGCCACCCCAUGUUUCAUGAUCACCUCCAAUAAAAUAAUUCCUAACAUUUUAAGCGGUUUAUCUAAAAUGUGGGUUAAAAUGUGCAUUUUUAUUUUUAUUUUGCAGAUGGUUUUCUAUAAAGUACAUUUUUACUAAGUCCGUGUGUGAAUGAUUUAAAAAACUACAGAAUAAGGUACAAAUGUAGUGUAUUUAAUAAACUGUCAACCAAAGCUG